AUGGAAGAGUACACCAUCAAGCGUAAGAUCGGAGAUGGCACCCAAGGCGUGGUAUACGAGGUGGAGCACCGCACUUCGAAGACGAGCUAUGCAAUGAAGGUUAUCUGCUGCACCGACCAGGAGCAGGUAAACAUGGCGCUAAAGGAAAUCAAGGUACUGCUGCAGCUGCGCCACCCCAGCAUCGUCUCCUACGUCGACUUCUUCCUUGUCUUCAACAGUGUAAAGCUCCGAAGCGAGUUUGCCGCGCAGAGCGAAGCUGCAGGAGCUAGCGGUGUAUAUAGUGGCGGUCUGCAGCGCGAGGCGAGGGUACAGCACGAACAGGACAGCCUCUUCCUCUGCAGCUUCUCAAGCAGUGAGGUCAAUCACGACACCGCCACCGACGGGAGAGGAAAACAGAGGGCUGCGGCAGCCCCCUCAAACGCAGCGUCAGAACAGUGGCCGGACGGCGCCGCCGGCGUUGUUCCCACCUCGCUGCUCAGCAAGCAUCGGCGGCAGACAGGAGCGCACUGGCUCGGCGAGGAGGAGAUUGCCGUGUGUCUCGUGAUGGAGCUCUGCAGCAACGGUGACAUGCAAGACUUGGUGCGGGAGGCACGGCAGAAGUUCAUGAAGACGGGCAAACACUCGAUUACAGAGACGCAGGCACUAUCGUGGCUGGAGCAGGCGGCGGCUGCGCUGCAGUUUAUUCAUGAUAAGGGCUUUUUGCAUCGCGACAUGAAGCCGACGAAUAUCUUCUUCGACGAGUACAAGAACAUCAAGAUCGGCGACUUUGGCCUGGCGGCGACGGUAGGGCUUGGCCGCAACUCAGCGGUAGGCACACCGUACUACCUAGCACCAGAGCGCAUGCUGCAGCAGCGCUACGACAGCAAAGUCGACAUCUGGGGCCUCGGCGUGGUCUUGCUCGAGCUCCUGACACUGCGCGAGCAGCCGAUCAAUAGCAUGGUACUAGAGAACCCGAAAGCGGCGGACGCUGUGAUUCCGCAAAUCACCAAAAUGGGGUAUUCCACCAAGCUGGCAACCCUACUGCGAGACAUGCUGCAGCGCCAGCCGCAAGGCCGCCCCACCUCGUCGUCUAUUUUGCACCGCUUGGCGAGCAUCACCACCACCUCGCCACACCUCGGCAUGUCCGCGACGCUCUUCGCCGGAAUGAGCUGCCCCAAAAUAACGGAGACGCUCUGCGGCGUCUGCGAAGUCGAAGUCGCGUGCGUCAUGUGCUUGAGCUGCAAGGCUGCCUUCUGUGCCGGAUGCGAUUGUGCCCGUCACAAGCACCAUUCACGCCAGAGCCACGACCGCGCAAACCUGUCGUCUAUUGUGAACAGCAUGAACGGUGCCUCCUUCUCGCCUCUCUCAGAAACGCCGAUGCAGCCGCACCAGCAAACCUUGUCCUUCUCGCGGGGACUCUCGCCGGCAACCACGCUGGACCAGACUCGAACAAGCAUGCAGAACGCCACCUUCUUUCCGUCCGUUAACACCAGCCACUCCCACAUGUUGCCGCGCGAUCGGGAGAUGAACAGCAAAGCAUUCACCCGCUUUCAGCUGGCGCUGCCGGGGUGUAGCGUCUCCAUGUCCGACGCCUCCGUGACGCAAGGCCUGCAGGCGCGCCGCGACGGGUCUGGGCACCGUUGCGUGGUAGCAGAGACAGUGCUGCGCGUCCCAGAUGAUGUGCCGAAUCUCGCCCAGGCGUUGCAGGUCGUGGAGAAGAUGCCACACAUUCGCAAAAUCCUCGUCGCCGGUAACACCACGCAUACGUCGCCGCUUGUCCUUACAUCACGACUGCCGGACAGCAUCAAGCUUGUAGGCGAGUCGCCGCCGCCGAUGCUCGAGGUGGCCGACAGUCCAUUUGCGUUGCACUGCCAGUCCGGCAAAGGGACUAUCGAGAAUUUCAUCCUCCGCCACAUCGGCCGCUUCCGCUCCAAGCCGCACGAGCUGUGCACAAACCAUCACCAGACAGACACAAAGGCGAUAUCCUCAGCGCCGGAAAGAAAGCCGUCACGGCCGACUGCUGUGUCCAUCACGGGCGGCGAGUGGAGGCUGCACAAGUGUCGUAUCUCCUGCGUCGAGGGGAGUGGUGUGACGGUCGGUGGGAGCAAACACACCUCCUUUUCCACCACCACUGGACAGAAUGCCCACACGACCGGGAAGCUGCCGCAGUCUCCGAGCCUGACCUUGCGCUCUAGCUUGACGAACGGCGGCGAGGAGGAUGCAGAGGAUGUGGACACUAUCGCAAUGGAGCCGAUCAUUACCAAGUGCAGCUUCAUCGAUGUCACCGCCGCUGGCAUUGUCCUCAUGGAGAAGUCGCGGGGCCUCUAUGAAGGCAACACAUUCUCUGGCUGCGGCUUUGCUGCUUUUCUGCUCAAGAAGGAGGCAACACCGCGCAUUCGUGCCAACCACAUCACUGACGGUGCCGAGGCAGGCAUAUUUUGCCAAGAUGCGUCAGGUGUAAUGGAGUACAACGUAAUUGCGCAGAACGCGGGGUGCGGUAUCGUUGUAAAGGGGGCCUCCGCGGUGCCUGUGAUUCGCAAGAAUCGAGUUCUGUCCAACGUGCAGGCUGGUGUCUUUUGCUGCGAGAAGGCCGCGCCGUUUGUCUCCGAUAAUGAGAUUCGCCAGAACGGCAAGGCUGGGGUGUUGGUGAAGACGAGCGCCGCGCCAAAGAUUACCCGCAACAUCAUCGAGGACGGAAAGGAGGCUGGCAUUUACGUUUUCGAGAAGGGCGCCGGUAUUAUCGAAGAGAACCGCAUCCGCGGUAACCAGAACGCUGGCCUGCUUGUCACCACCGGCGGCAAUCCACAUGUCAUUCACAACACUCUCACCAAGAACACUUACGAGGGGGUCUGGGUGUGCAAGCACGGCGGCGGCACCUUCUGCGACAACGACUUGCGCGGAAACGCCAAAGGGGCCAAGGACAUCGAGGCGCACAGUCACGUCACGUGGGUGGGUAACGUCGAGCAGUAG